AUGUCCUACCUUCUCCACGGUAGUACCGCGUACACUGGCAUGGGCUGGGUAGAUCAGGUGCCACGUGCUGGGAAACUGUAUAUCGGCGGUCUCUACGCACUCUACACGGAUCUCAUUCGUGCCGAGGGCAUAACGCACGUCCUGUCUAUAAUCGAUUACGAUGCUUUACUCCAAGAGAAGUUUCCGCACCUCAAGCACCACCUCAUUCGAGCAGACGAUCAUCCCAAUGAGAACCUAUUGCAGUACUUUCAUGAAGGGGUGGAUUACAUCGACCAGGCUCUGAGGGAAGCCAAUCAAGACAGCAGUAAAGCGCCGGGAAACGGGAAAGAAGACGAUAAAGGUGCAGGCGGCGGCGGUGUUUUCGUGCAUUGCGCCAUGGGCAAGUCGAGAUCUGCCACUCUGGUCGUCGCUUAUUUGAUGUGGAAAUACCGCCUCGAUUCAACAACAGCAUUAGAGCAGCUGUGUGAGGCCCGACCUGUUUGUGACCCUAACCCGGGUUUCAAGGAGCAACUCCAAGUCUGGGAGAAGAUGUGCAAAACUGAAAAAGAAGAGGAGAAAAAGGCCAUCUAUGACGACUGGGAGAAAACGAGGUUUAUGGGAGAAUACUGGGAGUGGGAUGCUCGACGGAGAGGAACAAGUUCAAAUUUGUGA